AUGACCACGGAAGUCCACGAAUCCAUACUUCACCCAGCUUCCCUUGUAAAUGAACUCAAAAAGAACGACGUCUCGCACGUGGUCUGGCUCCCGGACAGCGAAACCAACUUCCUCUAUAAUAUGAUGAUGGAAGAGCCCACCCUGGACCUGGUUCCGGUGUGCCGCGAAGGCGAAACCAUGGCCGUCGCCGCUGGCCUGUGGGUCGGUGGCGCCAAACCCGUCGUCCUCAUCCAGAACACCGGCAUCUUCGAGGCCGGCGACUCAAUCCGCGGCCUCAGCCUUGACCUGAACCAGCCCCUCGUAAUGCUCAUUGGCUACCGUGGUUGGACCCGGCGCGGCCCCACUCCCGACUCUGCCGGCCGUUUCAUUGAACAUAUCCUCCACGCCUGGGGUAUCAACUACUACCUGGUCGAAACCGACGACGACGCCGAUCGCAUCAGCAUUGCCUUCGAAGAAGCCGGGCGCCUCAACCGGCCCGUUGGCGUGCUCAUCGGCACCGAAUUCGGCUCGUAA